AUGACAUCGGUCAUCCAGCUACUCCUUGUCUUGCUGUACUCUUCGUCGACAGCAUUCUCGACGAAGAAUCACACUGCACCGCUGCCACAAGACAUAUUCUUUAUUACGCCUCCCUCCACUGUACCCCUCAACGCAGUCGCUUGCGUAGGGUGGCAAACAGCCUCAGAAGAAGACGGCAAGCCUGCCUACUUUGGUCUCGGCACCGAUUACCACUAUGUCGUCCUAGGCCCUAACAAUGACGUUCUGGACGAGUUGUCGCUCCUUGCCAACAUGACUGUACCGCCGAAAGAUGGUCCCAGCCGAUGCUGGUCGCCCCCAAUCGCCUACGGCAAAUGCAUUCCCGUCCCCCAGUCUGGGACGUAUACCUUGUCCUUGAACGUGACAUACCAUUUGUCGUCCAACAUAUCACAAGUAGACCGCACCAAUCCGUGCGGGUCUGACCAAUUCUCCACACAAACAUUCCGCGUCAACACAACCUUCGAGGCUAGCGAUACCACUACCAGUGCCAGCGCGACGAUUUCCGGCGUUACAUCUACGGCAACGUUCCCCACCACGCCAACUGGACUAGCGAAGACCAGUCUUAGCGGGUCAAAGGGCUUCAUGCAGCCGGCGGCGUGUAUGGCCGCGGUUGUCUGCGGAAUCAUGGGUAGCUCUGCAUUCCUUUGGUAG